AUGCAGAUCUCAUCUCUCUUCUCCAUCUUCAUCUUCUUCUCCUCCUCGCUCACCUACGCUUCAGUAAUUCACGAUUUCGCGCCAACUCCAGAGCCCUCUUCCUCUGCCGUGGCAUUUCUGCCGCCGGAGCGGGAGCCGUUUCCAGACGAUGGCUUCGGAUUUGCCUCCACGGAUUACUCCCCACCGGCACCAUCGCGGUCAUCCAAGCGUCCGUCGCCUCUGCCAGCUCCAGCGUUAGCACCAGCGGGAGGUCCAUCUCCAGCCGCGGUGGGGGGAACAAGUGGAAGUGUGGAUGAGGAUUCUGGCGAGAGCAGCUCUCGGCCGCCACCGGUGGAGUCGGAGGAGACGGUGAGAUGGUGCACGGUGAGGGGGGAAAUGGAGGAUUGCCGCUUACUUUUGAAUCUGUUGAGCCAAUCUAGUAAUUACUCGUGGACAUGUGUCAUCAGAGACAGCACCAACGAGUGCCUUGACUCCAUCAGAAAAGGCGAAGCGGACAUCAUAAACUUAGAAGCAGGCUCAGCAUUCACCGCAUUCCUCAACUAUUCAAUGAAAGCCAUAUCAAAUGAAGUCUACUGCAACCGCGCCGAGUCCUACAACGCCGUCGCCGUCGUCCACCGAAAGUCCUGCGAGGCCAAACGAGACCUUAACCUAAUGGACUACAAGGGCCACAGGUCUUGCCACGGAGGAUACUCCUCCGCCUCCGGAUGGACCUACCCCAUCGAUCACAUCAAGAAGUUGGUCGGUUCCGAUAAAAUGGACGAUGUUGACAUUGUGGCAAAUUUCUUCUCCAAGGUCUGCGCUCCAUCCGAUUCUGACCUCGGAGGACAAGCGAUUUGCAGCGGAUGUCGUGACAAGAAUGAGAACGUCACUAACUGCCACCGGGACAGUUUGUACUAUGGCGACACGGGCGCAUUUCGGUGCCUCAUGGAAGGUUUGGGUGAUGUUGCAUUUGUGAGAGGAGACACUGCUCUGCUUUACUCCAUGGAUGGGCCUUAUAAUCAGUCAUGGUCUAAAAGAUCAGUAAGAGACUUCAUGUACUUGUGUCCACAGGGAAGCUGCAGAGAAAUAAAUGGCUACCCCGGCGAGUGCUCAUUCGGAACGGUUCCGGCAAACGUGAUCAUGGCGAGUAAUUCGAUCCGGAACAACAAGAGAUUGCACAUCCUGGAGAGAUUGGCCAACUCAUCCUGGAUAGAAGCUGCCUACACGGAGAGAAUUAGCUCCAUCCACACGGUCAGUCCUAGCACUCAGGAGUUCACAUGGAUCAAGACACUCACAAGGUCAUACCUGGGGCAAUCAGCUUCCAUUUCUCAGAGCAUACAACAUCUGAAGACCCAGAAAGUUGAGGGCUCUGCCUCCAGUGCAAACUCAUUCCCAGAUCAGGAUUCCAUGUUGUGGAUGCUUCUGUCAGCUGCCCUAGUGUGCUGCUUCUACAAUGUAUGA